UGGGCACUGGUCAUUCCGCCAUGUCCCUCCGUGUGCUCCUGGCAGUGGGGGUUGCUGUUCUCUAUCUGUCCCCGGUAAUGUUAUCCCGGGCUGGGGAUAGGACAGAGGGGACUCCCGGUCCAUCUUACGUGGCCGCAGUCUACGAGCACAAGGUGAUUCUGAACCCAGAGCCGCAUGUGCCUCUAUCUCGGUCCGCGGCGCUCGAGCACAUGAUGAGGAACCUGAAGGUCUAUGAGGAGCAGGCCGCACGGGCAGCGGAACAGGGGGCUCAAAUCAUAGUAUUUCCAGAGGACGGUAUCCAUGGGUUCAACUUCAGUCGUCUGUCCAUCUCUGGUUACCUAGAGACCAUCCCUGACCCACUGACUGAGGACUGGAACCCCUGUACACAACCUGACAGACACAAUCAGACUGAGGUCCUCCAGAGUUUGAGCUGCAUGGCUCGACGCCACCAACUGUACCUGGUGGCAAACAUGCCUGACCUCCAGCCCUGCCCUCUGACCUCUCACCCCCACCUUGACCCCUCUCAAACUCCCUGCCCCCCUGAUGGGCGCUGGCAGUUCAACACUGAUGUAGUCUUCAGGUCUGAUGGUUCCCUGGCGGCUCGCUACCACAAACAAAACCUGUUCUUCGAGAAGGAAUUCGAUACCCCGCCCAGACUCGAGGUGGUGACCUUUGACACGCCGUUCGCCGGACGGUUUGGAGUGUUCACCUGCUUUGACAUCCUGUUUCACGACCCUACUGUCAGACUACUGGAGAAGGGUAUCAGACAGAUGAUCUUUCCCACAGCCUGGAUGAAUCUGCUUCCUCUACUAACAGCGGUUCAGAUCCAGAGAGCGGUCAGUCUGGGAGCUAAUGUCACUCUUCUGGCGGCUAACCUCAGGCAUGACAGCAAGGCUAUGACGGGCAGCGGCAUCUUCACCCCUAGUACUUCCAUCUAUCACCACGCCUUCCACCACCCCGGGGAGCCAGAGGAGGGGGAGCUGCUGGUGUUGAGGAUACCUGUACUGGACAGUGACUGGCUGGCAACACAGAAGCAGGCAAAGAGGCAGGGAGAGACAGGAGGACAGGGUGAGGCAAAGGGGCAGAUAGGAGAAGAGGGUGAGGCAAAGGGGCAGAUAGGAGAAGAGGGCGAGGCAAAGGGGCAAGGGGAGACAGGAGGAGAGGGUGAGGGUGAACCUCUCUCCGCUUCUCUUCCUAUCCUCUCUCCCAAUCCCUCCCCAUCCCCCUCUCACUUCAUCUCCUCUAUGAUGUGUGACCCAUUCUCCUUCGUCCUGCUGCAUGGUUCAGAGGGCCAGCUGACUGUGUGUGACGGUCCUCUCUGCUGCCACCUGCAGUACCGACGGUCCCCACAGGGUGGCAAUACGGAGCUCUAUGCUCUAGGUGCAUUCGCUGGCAAUCACACGGCUGACGGACACUUCGCCUUGCAGGUGUGUGCUUUGGUCCGGUGCUCGGGGUCAGAGGUCAGCUCCUGUGGAAAGGGAGUGGAGGAGGCAGAGUCUAGACUGGACUUCCGGUUGGAGGGGAAGUUCGGAACACGUUACGUUUACCCAUCGUUGCUAGGUAGUGGCAUGGUUGUAGAUGGACCCGACCGGAUCGAGAAGACCACAGAUGGUCGAGUGACUAUGGAACACUCAGGGAUGUCCGUCGGACUGGUGACCGCAUGUCUCUACGGCAGGGUGUACGACCAGGACUAGGGUGCGUGUGUGAGAGAGAGAGAAAAUAAAGUAAAUAAAUGUUCUCCAACCUC